GAGUUCCAUAACGCUCAGAAGGGAGUACUCAUUCUUGGCCCAGCUGCUCAUAGAGAUCCUCAAAAGGUACAAUUAGGAUUAGAGAAAGCAUUGGAAUUUUUCCAUUGGGUUGAGACCCGCUGUGGGUUUACUCACAAUGAGCUCACUUGCAGAGAAAUGUCUCUUGUUCUUGCCAAAGGGUCUUGUAAUUCGAAGCUUCUUUGGGAAUUUCUCAAAAGAAUGUCGAGAAGAGGGCUUUUGACGACACCAACUGUUACGUGUUUGAUAAAAUGCCUAGGAGAAGAAGGGUUGGUAAAUGAAGCAUUGACUACUUUCUACAGAAUGAAGCAAUUUCACUGUAAGCCUGAUGUUUAUGCUUACAACACACUCAUAUUUGCUCUUUGUAGAGUUGGGAAUUUCAAAAAAGCCAAGUUCUUGAUGGAGCAAAUGGAGUUGCCUGGUUUUAGGUGUCCACCUGAUGUCUUUACUUACACAAUAUUGAUUAGCUCUUAUUGUAGAUAUGGUAUGGAAACUGGCUGUAGAAAAGCUAUUAGACGGAGAAUGUGGGAGGCGAAUCACUUGUUUCGCAUCAUGCUAUUCAAAGGAUUUGUUCCUGAUGUAGUAACUUAUAAUAGUUUGAUCAAUGGAUGCUGCAAAACUAAUAGGAUAGAGAGAGCAUUGGAGUUGUUGGAUGAUAUGGUGAAAAGAGGGGUUGUGCCUAAUCGAAUUACGUAUAAUUCUUUCAUUAGGUAUUAUAGUGUUACAAAUGAGAUUGAUAAGGCUAUUGAAAUGCUGAGAAGAAUGCAAGGAAUGAAUCAUGGAGUAGUACUACCAUGUAACAGUUCGUAUACACCGAUAAUUCAUGCUAUGUGUGAAACUGGUAGGGUGGUGGAGGCAAGAGAUCUUCUUGUCGAAUUGGCUGAACAAGGUUCGAUUCCAAGAGAAUAUACUUAUAAACUAGUUCGUGAUGCUUUAGAAUCUUCUGGGAAGAUUGAUUUGCUUGAUGAACAAUUGUGUACAAGAUUAGAAGAUGGUAUUAAAGCAAGCUGCUGUCUCUUGGUUGAGUGCACGAAAGAAGCAUCAUGUUUUGGAGUGGGUGUUGAUUUACCUAGACAACAAGCUCUAGCGAUAAGAGAAUCAUCUUCCGCUGCCAAAAAAGAUAAAUCGCAUCUCACAUUGUUGGGUAUCCCUGUAUGGGCCCAAAGAAAAAGCUGAAAUUUGCUCUCGAGUUUUUCUGGGAUGGAAAGAGCAGUGCUGAGGAUUCAGUCAUCCACCUGAAAACACCUGUCUGAAUGCUGGCAUUAAGUACAUCCCAGCAACACAUUCUCUCGACACAACCGCAAUGCUUGGUGCCAUCCCAUAAUCAGGCGGCUCUCAGCUUUAUAAAGAUUUUGACUGUUGGUUUGUGUGAACAUAAAGCUGCACUUGCAUCGUUCCUCCUUUCUUCCGUCUGUCAUUAAAUGACGUGUGCAAGUAAUGUAAAGAAUAAGAGAAAUAUGACUAAACUUAUACAAUUGUGCUUUUGACUAUAAUUUCUGCUCGGCAAAAAAGCUUGAAUAUGA